GUUCGAAUAAUUCCAUUACAACUUCAACGGUUAUUUGCUCAGCUUCUGCUCUUGGACCAGCAAGCUGCAUCUACAACAGACCUUACUGACAGCUUUGGGUGGAACAGCAAUGAGGAAAUGAGGCAGCAUGAUGUGCAGGAAUUAAAUCGGAUUCUGUUCAGUGCUUUGGAAACUUCCCUUGUGGGGACUUCGGGUCAUGACCUUAUUAACCGAUUGUACCAUGGGAUUGUUGUCAACCAGAUUGUUUGUAAAGAAUGCAAAAAUAUCAGUGAGAGACAGGAAGAUUUCUUAGACUUAACAGUGGCAGUAAAAGGUGUUGCUGGCUUGGAGGAGGCCUUGUGGAACAUGUAUGUAGAAGAAGAGUACUUUGAAAAUGAGAACUUGUAUCGAUGCGGAGCCUGUGAUAAACUUGUUGAAGCUUCAAAGUCUGCUAAACUACGCAAGUUGCCACCCUUUCUCACCAUUUCUCUCCUGAGAUUUAACUUUGACUUUGAGAAGUGUGAACGAUACAAGGAAACGAGCUGCUAUACAUUCCCUAUCCAGAUAAAUCUGAGGCCAUUUUGUGAGCAGACUGAAAUGGAUGAUUCAGAGUACAUGUAUGAGCUGUUCUCUGUUAUUAUACAUAAAGGUGGCUGCUAUGGAGGACACUAUCAUGUCUAUAUCAGAGAUGUGGAUGAAUUAGGAAACUGGCAAUUACAAGAAGAAGAGGAUAAGCUGAUUGAAGAGAAGGCUUUAAGAGAUAGUGAAAAUGCCAAAGAAGUAGAAAAUCCAUUGGCAGUGCUGAAAGGGAUUUUAUCAGAGGAAGAAUCUAAACAAAUUCCUGUGGAUCAAUUAGGGCAGAAAUUAUUGGAGAAAAAAGGUGUGUCCUGGAAUAAGAAAUACAGAAAACAAUAUGGAGCAUUACGAAAGUAUUUGCAGAAUCAUCCUCAGAUAUUUCAGUUCAGUCCUGAUGAAAAUAAGGUUGGUCUGAAGGAAAAACACAAGCUCCCUUUUAAGUCAGAUUCUCAAGGACAAGAUCUCCAAAGCCCUCCUCAAAAGAAUGAUGUCCAGUGGAAUUCAGAAAAAAAACCCACAAGGCUAAGAGGCAGUUCUGCUGGUUGCCAUUGGUUUGAUCUGAAUGAUUCAAAAGUCCAGCCGAUCAAGGAGAAGGAUAUUGAGAAACAAUUCGAGGGUAAAGAGAGUGCCUACAUGCUGUUUUAUCGAAAAUCUCAGUUAAAAAGACCACCUGAAGCACGAGGAAAUCCAAGGUACCAAAUUCCUGAACACCUUCUGAAUGAAAUGAAUGUUGCUAAUACUGAGCUGCAAAAAAAGAGAGCGGAAUGUGAAUCAGCAAACCAUGGCAUUGAUUUACAUCUCCAUUUGAGCUCAUGUUAUAAAUUUCAUAAUGGGGCUUUGCAUCCUUCACUUACUUGGAAAGACAGUGUUGUGGAUUUGACUAUUGAUAGAAGAAAAACGCUAGGAGACCUUCGACAAUCAGUAUUCCAGAUGUUGGAAUCUUGGGAAGGAGACAUGGUUCUCAGUAUUGCCAAGCCUUUACCAGCAGGACUGCAUCUUUACCAGAUACUUGAUGGAGACGAGCUGACACUGGAUGGCAUUGGGCUGGCUGAUGGAGCAGACGUCUUCGUGUGGAAUGGAAAAGAGGUUGGUGGUACAAAGGUGAUGACAGGCCCUGAUCAUGAACCUGUGGUGGUAAACGUUCUUCGUUUAGCAGAGUAUAAUGAAGGAGGGAAGGGCCAGCAUUUCACAGAAUCGCAGCACGUCUUCUCAUGCAGCACAAAACUGGGUGAUCUGCACAGAGCCUUAGCACCAUCAGGGGGGAUCAUCCUAAAGAACGGCUCAGGACCAGAUAAAGAAGGCAAGAACUGGGAAGUUUUUCUUGAAGAAGAUAUGAAGGAAACAGUCAAAAGUGUUGGUCUGACGGAUGGGUGCUCAGUACUAAUCUUAGACAGCCAUGACCAGAGGUAACCAUUU